CCUCUAUUCCACGCCGUCUAUCAACACAAGGCAGCAAUGGUGACAUUACUGAUCGGACACCCGAAAAUUGAUGUCAAUCGGAAAAAUGGGCAGUCGGGAGACACUGCAUUACAUCUCGCUGUGUUGUGCUGCUUGGAGGGGAUAGCAAGCAUUUUGCUUGAGCAUGAGCAGGUAGAUGUGAACUCGCGAGAUCGAGCAAAUCGAACGCCACUUCACAUAGCUGCGCAAUCGCGCAGUGCGGCGGUUGUUGAACUUCUGCUCAAGAACCACAAAAUUGAUUUAAAUGCUCUAGAUUUGAAUGCUCAAAGUCCGUUGGACUUAGCUCGAGAAUCUGAG